UAAAGAAAAAUCUCACCGAAUGAUCCUGAAAACGUUGUUCGUUCGUCCAUAUGCUAUCUGGACGAAGGCUAUCACCAAGAAGAGCAAACCUUUAGCAUCAGAGGUCUUAACGAGCUACCUGCUGCAAACGAACGAGCCACCGUGGACGUCGUACUUCGUGAAGUACGCCGACAUCGUGAACGAUCAAAGGGGAAUGUCCCACUUCAAUUGGCCGGUAGGCAGCAGCAAUUACCACGUACUUAGAACUGGCUGCUUUCCAUAUAUUAAAUAUCACUGCAGCAAGAGGCCACGACAGAACCUCAGCGGCGAGGACAAAUUUUUCAAGGCAAUCAAGCUUCUGAACCUUGGUAUACCCACAUUAAUGUACGGCCUGGCAGCGAUUUUAUUGAUCAGACACCAGGAGAUCGUGAAAACAGCUCAAGGGGACGUAACGAUCUACUUCUUGCUGCCUGAGGAUAAGGGUUCUAUGUAUUGA